AUGAAGGAUUCAGGUAUCAUGGGGUUUUCUGUUGCCAGCAUUUUGCAGGCGUUACUCCUUUGUCUCAACGCCAUGGCCAUCUUGUCAGAACGGCGGUUCCUUUCGAAGUAUGGCCUCGCCACAACUCCGUUGACUGAGCAUGGCGGCGACGCGGGGUACGUGCCUCAGUCGUUUGGCACCGGGGACGAAUUUGUGCGGGCGCGGCAGCCCUCCCCAUGGAAGGCACAACUUGCCUCUGUACUGAGUGGUGUACGUACGUUAUUACGGUUGCCGUUGAUUAUUGUCAACACGGCAGUUAUCAUCUUUACCCUUGUGUUUGGGUGA